AUGUUGCCGAACUCCGACAAUACACCAAAAAGAAAAAAGAUUUCAAGGGCAUGCAAUCACUGUCACAAGGCUCACAUUACAUGUGAUACCUCCCGGCCCUGCCAACGAUGUGUUCAAAGAGGACUUCUGGAUACCUGCGAAGAUGCUCCACGAAAGAGAAAGAAAUACUUGGCUGACGUGCCAACGUCGCUCAUUAGCCAUCAAGGAUCGGAUGAAUCUGCUCCCAUGUCAAAAAUUCCAUCACAAAACCCUGCAUUAAUGCAUAAUCCGAUUUAUCAAGCCACCAUGUUGAAUCACAGUGCGCUGCUUCCGUCGUACCCAGUGCACAAGCCUUCCAAUCUUGCAAGGACAUCCACUGUGGCCGGGGUGAAACAGGAAGGCGAAUCUACCAGUUUGUUCUCCAAUCAAAACUUUGACGUUGGUGAUUCGUACUACCAGAAUACCAAUGGUAAUAAUAACCAAGGCAUCGCCAACAGAGACGAAAAGGGACGCAAACGGACCAACUUCUUGAGUUCUGCUGCUGACUUAGAGUACUCCACGCUAUCCAGUAUUUUGCAGGAUAACUUCAUGGCGCUACCCAAUAACCUGGCAACGUCUACCGAAGGCACACCCAAUUCAGUGAAUUUAUCUCCAGCAAUGUCUCCUCAUAACCUUGGCGGUCUCCACAAGGUGACUUCGCCUUCAUGGCUAUCGAAUUCGUUCAGUGCGGGCCAACAAGAGCCACAACAGCACCAUGUUGAGGCCAGAGCCGAGUUUAAUGGUCACCACGACGUCUUGAAGUAUGACAACCGCAUCAAUCAGUACUUUUUGGGCAGCACAUCACCGUCGGUUCCUCGAACAUGUUUUCCGGAGGUGAUCCAGGCCAUUGAAAGCGCAAAGCAAGCUGAUCCUGCUGCAUUCUUUGCUCAGAACAAAGUGCUGACGCUUUCCUUCACUUUAGGUAUAUCACCCGAGGAACAGGCCGGAAUCGCCGGUGAUGACCACCUUCAAUUCAAAGAGCCUGAAGAGAUUUAUGCCAAAAUCACUCAUCCGUUCUCGUAUACACCUGGCUUUCACAAAUUAAUUGCAUACUUGCGCAAUCGGUUUCCGAAAGACAUGUUGGUCAAAAUGGCUAAAUCUAUGGCUGUGUACAGACCUUCAUUUAUUGCAUGUACCAACUCUUUGCGGGAGGCUGACCUUAUUUUCAUGGAGCAGUGUUUCCAGCGGACGCUUCUCACCUAUGACAAAUUUCUCAAGGUUAGUGGAACACCUACUAUUGUCUGGAGAAGAACAGGAGAGAUUGCAUAUGUUGGCACUGAGUUUACGGUUCUUACAGGAUGGACACAGGAACAGUUGAUGGGCGCAAAGCCAAUGUUUAUAGUUGAGGUUUUGGACGACAAGUCCGUGGUUGAGUAUUUUGAACUCUUCUCCAAAAUCGCUUUCGGAGACUUUCUAGGUGCUACCAUGACUGAGUGCACUCUACUCACGCCCAAGAAAGACGUCAAGAUCCGAGCCGGAUGCAUGUGGACCCUCAAGCGAGAUGUUUUUGGCAUUCCGAUGAUGAUCAUCGGCAACUUCUUGCCGAUACUCUAA